UCAUUUUGCCACGGCUGCUGGAGGGGCUGCCCGGUCCGUCGCGGCUCUGCCAUGGCGCGCGGCCGGUUCCCGAGCCACCUCCGGCUCUAGGAAAGGGGUGGGGUGGGGGGAAUCGGGGGCUGCGGCGUCCUGCGCUCCGGCGGUGUGGGGCGCCCUGGGAUCAGCUGUACUUCUGAGACUUAUGCCCUCAAGAUGAAGUUCUUACUGGAAAUUCUCUUUUUUGUUUUGUUGUCUUUAUGGGUUGAAGAAGCCUAUUCAAAAGAGAAAUCUUCAAAGAAAGGAAAGGGGAAAAAGAAGCAAUAUCUCUGCCCAUCUGAGCAGUCAGCUGAAGAUCUUGCAAGAGUACCUGUUAAUUCUACCAGUAAUAUCUUGAAUAGGCUAUUGCUCGCUUAUGAUCCCAGGAUAAGACCAAAUUUCAAAGGAAUUCCAGUCGAUGUAACAGUCAACAUUUUCAUUAACAGCUUUGGAUCAAUCCAAGAGACAACAAUGGAUUACAGAGUUAACAUCUUCCUAAGACAAAAGUGGAAUGACCCCAGACUUAAAUUGCCCAAUGACUGGAGGGGUUCAGAUACACUGACAGUGGAUCCUACAAUGUUUAAAUGUCUGUGGAAACCAGACUUGUUCUUUGCAAAUGAAAAGAAUGCCAACUUCCAUGAUGUCACUCAAGAAAAUAUUCUUCUAUUUAUAUUUCGGGAUGGAGAUGUUCUAGUCAGUAUGAGAUUAUCCGUUACUCUGUCAUGCCCUUUGGACUUGACCUUGUUUCCUAUGGAUACACAGCGUUGCAAGAUGCAACUGGAGAGCUUUGGUUACACAACUGAUGAUUUACGAUUUAUCUGGCAAUCUGGAGAUCCUGUUCAGUUAGAAAAAAUUGCUUUGCCCCAGUUUGACAUUAAAGAAGAGGAUAUUGAAUAUGGUAACUGUACCAAAUAUUAUAAAGGCACAGGUUAUUACACUUGUGUAGAAGUAAUCUUCACUUUAAGAAGACAAGUUGGAUUUUACAUGAUGGGUGUUUAUGCUCCUACACUGCUAAUUGUUGUUCUGUCGUGGCUGUCAUUUUGGAUCAAUCCUGAUGCAAGUGCUGCAAGAGUGCCACUGGGUAUCUUCUCAGUGCUCAGCUUGGCAUCUGAAUGUAUGACUCUUGCUGCUGAACUCCCCAAAGUGUCUUAUGUGAAGGCCUUAGAUGUCUGGCUGAUUGUUUGUCUUCUUUUUGGGUUUGCCUCACUGGUUGAGUAUGCAGUGGUUCAGGUAAUGCUGAACAAUCCAAAGAGAAUUGAAGCUGAAAAAGCAAAAAUUGCCAAGGCAGAGCAAGCAGAAGGGAAAGGAGGCAAUGUAGCCAAAAAGAACACGGUAAAUGGUACAGGGACCCCCGUGCACAUCAGCACUUUACAGAGAUGACUUUGGGAGCACAGCCUCCCUCUUUGUUAUCGGAAGAAGAACAGUUGUGAAGAAUUAGGAAGCAUCCAAGAAGAACUAAGGAGGACUUUAUACAUGAGGUUAUGAUGCACUCUGCCACCAAGAAAAAGGAAUUGAAGGAGUGGCAGGACAGCAAGAAGAGGGAAAGAAAGGAGAACGCAGCACACCAAAAAGAAGCUACAGAGCUGCUCUUAACAGUUAUGGAGCACCAAGCGGACACGCUUCAGGCGAUACUAGCUCUUCAAACCGAGCAGCUUCGCGCCUGCCCUCCCCUGCAGCUGCUGUCGCAAAACU